AUGGAACACCCUCUCUUUGGCUGCCUGCGGAGCCCGCACGCCACGGCGCAAGGCUUGCAUCCUUUCUCCCAGUCCUCCCUGGCCCUCCAUGGAAGGUCCGACCCGAUGUCCUACCCCGAGCUCUCCACGUCGUCCUCGUCUUGCAUCAUCGCAGGCUACCCCAACGAGGAGGGCAUGUUCGCCAGCCAGCACCACCGGGGCCACCACCACCAUCACCAUCACCACCACCACCAUCACCAGCAGCCGCAACACCAGACGCUGCCCACCAACUGGCACCUCCAACAGAUGGCCUCCCCGCCGAGCGCGGCCCGGCACAGCCUUUGCCUGCAGCCGGACUCAGGGGGGCCUCCGGAACUGGGGAGCAGCCCGCCGGUGCUGUGUUCCAAUUCUUCCAGCUUGGGUUCCAGCACCCCGUCCGGGGCUGCGUGCGCGCCCGGGGACUACGGCCGCCAGGCGCUGUCACCGGCAGAGGCGGAGAAGCGAAGUGGAGGCAAGAGAAAAAGCGACAGCUCGGACUCCCAGGAAGGAAACUACAAAUCAGAAGUCAAUAGCAAACCUAGAAAGGAGAGGACGGCUUUUACCAAAGAGCAAAUCAGAGAACUCGAAGCAGAAUUUGCCCAUCAUAAUUACCUGACCCGACUGCGACGCUAUGAGAUAGCAGUGAAUCUGGAUCUCACUGAAAGACAGGUGAAAGUUUGGUUCCAGAACAGAAGAAUGAAGUGGAAGAGAGUGAAAGGAGGACAACAAGGAGCUGCAGCUCGAGAAAAGGAACUGGUGAAUGUGAAAAAAGGAACCCUGCUCCCCUCAGAGCUUUCAGGGAUUGGGGCAGCCACACUCCAGCAAACAGGGGACUCGUUAGCCAAUGACGACAGUCACGACAGCGACCACAGCUCUGAUCACGCACACUUAUGA